CGUAGUAUAAGGUAGUCGAUGCGCGUCGGUCGAGGUGGUGAUUGUGUUGUGCAAAAUGGGGUGCAAAGUUGCUCCUAAGGAGAUGACUCCAUCCCACAGGGGCCCGGAGAGUCAGGACUCGCAAGAAGUGGCCGAUUACGAGACCGCUCUGGAUGCCGCGGGAUACGGGCGUUUCAGCCGCAGCGUGCUCGGGGCCUGCGCGUGCGCAUUCUUUACGACGGGCGUGCAGAACUGCGUGAUGUCAUAUGUGCUGCCGGCGGCGAGAUGUGAGCUCAAACUGUCCACUUACCAGGCUGGAUUGAUCAACAUGGCUUUCAUGAGCGGUGGUGUAGCGAGUGCCUUCUUCUGGGGCAUCGUCGGAGACGUGUUAGGGAGGAGAAACAUCCUCAGCAUGACGCUGCUGGUGGACUCCGCUAUACUCCUGGCGCAGAGCACCGUCACUGAUUACCGGCUGCUAUUGGCUGCGAGGUCAAUCAAUGGAUUUCUGAUUGGUGCCCCAUCAACGUUGGUGUUCACUUAUCUAUCAGAUCUGGUCGGAGUCAAGAGGCGUCAGUUUUACCUCGACAUAGUGGGCGGAAGUUUUGUGGCAGCAUGGCUUAUCCUACCGGCAAUCGCGUGGCUAGUCAUCCCAUUAAAGCUGUCCGGUGAUACAACACUUCUGCCAAUCUACUCCUGGAGAUUAUAUCUGGCUCUGGGCAGCAUACCAGGGUUUGUUUCCGGUAUUUGGGUGCUCUUCCUCCCCGAGAGUCCCAGAUUGCUCUCGGACACCAACCGGAGUGAUAAAGCUUUGAAGAUUAUAUCGUACAUCAAUCAGUGUAAUAGAGGGUCCACCGCAGAAUUCAAGAUCAAGAAGCUCAUUCAAGAUAACAUUUUCAUGUCGAAGACCGUGAGUGGUGAGCAGAGUCGCACCAAAGCGUUGUUUGUGGGAGUGUUGAAAGAUCUUAAAGUUUUUGUCUCAAAGAUGUACGCUAUGAAGUCCAGUUUAAUAUUGUUUGUCUUCUUCGCUAAUAUGGCUGCUGGCUUCGGCUUAAAUCUCUGGAUACCAGAACUCCUCCUGCGCAUGCAGGUAAAAGACUGUACAGCCAACACAACUCUACCGCAAACAGCUAAGCUCUUUAACGCUAGUAACAUCGCGUGGCAGGAUAUGCCUAAGAGCUACAAUGUCCACUCAAGGGGCGAAGUUGAGAGAUUUAAUGCAUCUACCUUUGUUCAUCAUGGUAGUGAAAGCUGUAACGAAAGUAUUGAUGACUCGAUAUUUACAUCGGGACUUAUUGUGGGUGCAUGCUGCGUACUAGGCAAUGCGGCGUGCGCUCUGGUAUCUUCCCGUGGUGCGUACGGCGUGAGACGUGCAGCCGCACUCUGCGCGUUGGCUUGCGCUCUGGCUUGUGUUUGUUUAGCCGCAUGCGUUUGCGCUUGUGCGGCAUCAACUCAUCUUGCCGUUGCGGCUGCCGCAGCUCUUAAUGCAGCAUCUUUAAAUGGAAAUGUUCUGCUGAUAAGACUGCUGUUGCAUUCUUUACCGGCUAAGUUAGGAGGCCUCGGGGUCUGCUGGGGAGCUUGGUGGGGCAGAGCUGGCGGUGUAGCUUCCAACUUGGCUGUUGGUGUUCUCUUAGACUAUUCUUGUCCUGCUCCUUUCAUAUCAGUUGCUGCUUUAUUAGCGCUCUCAAUCGGUGCCAUCAUGAUGAUUAAGCUAGAGGAAGUAGUAGUAGUAGAAGACAACAAGACUGAGGCAGACAAUGCUGAGAAGAAUAUAAGCGUAGAGCGAUACAUCUCUACCCAUAUGUAGAUAUCAAAUUAUUCAAAACAAAUGACGAAGUGCCUAAUGAUGUUAAGAAUAAUGGAAUUGAUUUUAUAUUUAUGAUGACAGUGAUGUGACAAAAUAAUGAUCUGAUGUUUAUUUUUUUAAUGAUGAAUUUCAUAUUGCAUAUAUAUAAUCAUCAUGUCUGUAGUUAUGUGAUAGAAGAAAUUAUUAAUACUGUUUGUAAUUUUUGCGAAUCAGUUCCUCCUUUAAUAUUGCAUUUGUGAAAAAUAACAAAACUAAACUAGUUAAUAAGUAUAUUUAUCUACUAUGUGCCUUAGAAAUUGGAUUAGUCAGGAAAUCAAGUAAUGGGUUUUCAGAAUUUAGUUUGGGGUCGCAAUCCUAGCAACUUGGGAUCCAUCAAUCGUCCAGCAAUUAUCUAAGCUCUGCUCAUUUAGCUGCUGCUACUUUAGCUACGUCACUCGCUCAGACACGUCGGUCACUCGAGCACAGCUCUCUCCUUUGUCCACUGAGUGACUCUGAACCUUUUUAUGAAGUCUUUAGUUAGCGACCGAGUUUCGGAGGCAUAAGUCAUUACUGGCAAAAUGCAGUGUUCGAAAGGUCUUCGAAUGCAACGGUAUUAAGCAGGAAGAAAUGUCAAGGAUUUAUUUACCCGUACGUUGUCCAUCCGAGUCUUACUCGGAUGGACAACGUACAGAAUAAACAACGUAUUUUGAGUACUUUCGGUUCUUUUCUUCCCCGAAAUUGGAACAAACUAAUUGGAUCGUGUAUCCUAGAUAAUGUUUUCGUCGUGAAGUGUUUUCAGUGUUUACAGUGUUG